AUGGCAUUGAGUGGUGACUACGAAGAUGGCGAGAUUUUGGAAGAAGGUGAGGAGACAGUGCAGCCCUCUGCUUCCUUGCAACCAAAUGCAUCUGGUACAUCUCUUUAUUUUGCAUCCGUUGAUGCCUCCGCCUCUUCCCAACUCUUUGUACAGCCCCCAAACGAGCCUCUACUCCCCACACCAAGUAGCAAUUCGCGUAAACGUCUGCACUCGUCGCUACAAGACGCCAGAGGUGCUGAAUUGAACUCAGUAUACGACAGACGUAUACCUUUGUCUCAUCGUCAGCCAGUGCGCUACAGCCACAACAAUAACAAUGGCUACGAUGACCGUAGACGUGACAUCACGCCCCAAGAUGACCGCGUAUAUGCUGAGGAUCUGAUAGUACAAUACCCGAGUCAGCAGCCACGUAGUAACGUGCUAUUGGACUUUUCCACGUGGAUGGCAGCUGCAGGAAGCAGAAAACGCCUGAAUGUCGAGGAUGUACAGAAGCUGGUGCUUAAUGUGUUGAGAGGAGGCAGCAAAAAGGAGAAGGGUGUCGUGAGCCCCUAUUUACUGCCGUCCCUCAUGCCCGGAGCCGAUUUGCCUACCAAAGUCUGCCUUAUACUGUUAAAGAAAAUGCGUCCGUUGAUGCUGCAGAAAUGCCGAGCCCAAUUGAGCUUUUUGAAAGGAUGUUCAAGUGUUCCAGUCGUGUUGAUAAAGCAGGAGCUGAACCAAAUUCGAAGGUCGGAAGCACCAUUGCCAGAGCUCAUGUACAAGUUCCCGAGACCGACAGUAGAUACGCACGAACUAUCGAUCGAUGAACUGUUCUAUGCGCAUGAACUGACGUUUCUGAUGAAACACUCACUUGGGUUUACGGAUGAGUUGGUGUUGUCACCGGCGGGUACAUUUACACGAAAGUCUCGGCCUCUUGGAGGAACGUGGGCGCUUGACGGUGACUUGCUGCAUCUAAAAUGGAGACAGUCUACGAAAAAAGUGGCGCCUGGGGCGGAUGAGACGGCGACAGAACAGGAAGCUGUGGUGGAGGAGGAUGCCGUCGCAUACACGCUGGACGUGCUGGUUGGCCAAGAUGCCAGUAUGCACGAGUUUAGAACUGAUCCGGUGACGGAUGAGACCUAUGCGCACAAGGUGCCUGAACAUUUGGCCAAGAAAUGUCGCGGUGAUGACAAGCUCCGCUCCAUCUGGCUCUCUCUUGCAAAAGCGACCGCUGUCGAUGUGCCUCGCUCGACCGAUGGAACGCUGAUAUUGCGUGAUCAAGCACAGGCGAAGGGACUGCCAAAGUGUCAGCAUGAUCUCUCCUCAGCAGAUGCGAAUAGCCAUGAUGCAAAGAGAGAGAAGGAGGUGAGACGCGAGGCAUUCGAGUAUUAUGUGCUUUCGCCUGAAGAAUUGAAGCAACAUGGGUAUCCAAUCGACGUAGAAGAAGAACAGCGCCAACUGUUAGCAAGCACGGGCGGGAGCACGCGCGACACAUACGUGGCAACGAAGCCUCGACCGACGGUUGCGACUGACAGUCCUGCGUCAGCCUUGGAUGAUGAUGAAGAAGGAGUGACGAUGGAGACGGACGAAACAUUGGCAAAUGCGUCUUCAGAUGACAACUUUGUCUACGCUCUAGAUUGUGAAAUGUGCGAGACGGACAUCGGCAUGGAACUGACGCGCGUAACGGUGGUCAAUAUCAAUGGUGUCGUCGUGUAUGAUCAGCUGGUGAAGCCGCAAAGCACCAUCAUUAACUAUCAUACGGAAUUCAGUGGAAUCUCAGAGGAGACCCUGAAGGACACGAAACACAUUCUGGCUGACGUACAGCGAGAUUUGACGACGCAAUUUCUCUUCGAGGACACGAUCCUCGUGGGGCACUCUUUGACGAGUGAUUUGCGUGCUCUGCGUAUGGUGCAUCCGACCAUUGCAGACACGGCGAUCCUGUUCCCUCAUCAACGCGGAUUUCCAUUUCGCACUUCACUUAAAUAUCUUACCAAGACAUAUCUGAAGAAAGAUAUCCAGAUGCAGGUCCAGGCUGGACACGACUCGGCUGAGGACGCCAUUGCAUCAUUGAACUUGCUGCUACUGAAAGUUCGUGAAGGACCCUGGUUUGGUAUUCCUGACGCAAUCUCCUCGGGUGGAGCUUUCGAUUCAAUCGUAGACAAGGUCUUCGCUUUAGGGAAGACGAUGACAAUGCUUCGCCUGCAGAGCGAGGCACCUCCUGUAGAUAGCUCUACCGCUGCACCAGCAUCGGAGCGAAAACCAUGGGAUUUAUACGCAAGCGGUGAUUUAAAGGCUGACUCGCAGAGCCCCUUUCGCCAUGCUAGAACAGUGAAGAGCAAGGCUGAAGCGUGCUCUUCGGCAUCGUCAGGUGUGACUUCGGCAAGCGCCGUCGUGAAGGUUGAAGACUGUUUGUCGUGGGAGGCGCUAAAGACCAGUCUCCACGAUAUCUUAAGUGCCAAGAUGAGUGAAGCUACCGAGCAGCCAGAUCUGUGCUGGGUAGAAAUUGAGCCCCCAAGUGCAAGUGCAGUGGGGUGCAACGACUUUGUAGGCAAGCACGAGCGCUGGAUGGCUGAACAACAGGCUUAUUGCGAGCAGGUGGAUGCGUUCCUGCAGCAAGUUUGUGACGAAGUGUUGCCUAAGGGCACGCUCCUACUUGUUCUUCCUCAAGGUGAUCUGAGUCUGCUGCGAUAUCUUCAGGGCCUGCGAACGCGCUCCAAGUGGCGCGACGCCACUCGUAGCUGUGAUGACCUGGCACCUGCACAGCUACACGCCGCAGUGGGAGACGCGUUCCGUGGUGCUAUGGACAGCUGCUUGUUGCUGAUGCAGAAGUGA